CCCCACUUCUCAUGUAAAUACUAAAUUACCUUAUCAUAACAUUUUCACGGCAAAUUGAUAAGAGAGAGAAGAAAGACAAAUCCAUUCGCAAAAGACCGAAAUCGCUUGGAGAAGUCCAAGAUCAUGUGAAAUAGGCUCACUCUUGCGUGAUUGAUGAUUACGCGAUUGUAUUUCAUAAAGACAUGGGGCCCGCACCGUCGGACUUCGUAACUUUGGCACCCAAAACUGGCGGUGUUUAUUUUCUUCAUCAAAAGCUUCUCGAGACAGAGAUAGUGAGAGGCGUAAGCUGCUGCUGCUUCCCUUCACGGCCCUUACUGAGUUACUGUCCCUCCGAUCAGGUGGGAACAACUCUCCUUUCGAAGACCAUCUUCUUCGCUUCUUACUAGUUUUUCAUUCAGUCUCUCUCUCUCUCUUGUUCGGGUUUGGUUUGGUUUCUGGGUGCCCCACCCUCCCUCCUAUCAGGUGGGAACGCUAUCCGCUGCCACUACAAAGUCGUUUCUCUUUUCAACACUUCCAUUUCUCUGAAUUACCCAAAAACUCGUCCCUUCUCUCUCACACAAACGAAAUCUUCAAUUUUUCUGAAUACCCAAAAGCUUCUCUCUGUGGAAAGUUCGUUACUUGUUUUCCUUUUUUUUCUUCUUCUUCUUCUUCCUGAGCGAUGGUGGCUUGGACAGGGACUUGGGCUUUAAUAUGGGCGUUGAUGUUGGCUUGGGCCUGGCAGAGCUGUGAUGGGUUCGGUACAUUCGGUUUCGAUGUUCAUCACCGCUUCUCCGAUCCCGUCAAGGGGAUUCUGUCCGUGGAUGAGCUACCGGAGAAGGGCUCCGUGGAAUACUACUCGACUAUGGCCCACCUAGACCGAGUGAUGCGUGGCCGACUCCUAGCGGGGUCGGACGAUCAGACGGCCCUCACUUUCUUCAAUGGCAAUGACACUUACAGGCUUAGCUCUUUGGGAUUUCUCUAUUAUGCCAAUAUAACAGUCGGAACUCCGAGAAAAUGGUUCCUUGUAGCACUGGACACGGGCAGUGACCUUUUCUGGUUACCAUGUGACUGUACCAGUUGUGUUCAUGGACAGCAAAUUGACUUUAACAUCUACAGUCCGAGUGAAUCAUCGACAAGUGCAGAGGUUAAUUGCAGCAGUUCCUUAUGUGCAUUGCAGAAACAAUGCUCAUCUGCUCGUGACACUUGUCCUUAUAAAGUGCAGUAUCUUUCUAACAACACUUCAACGACUGGGGUUUUGGUAGAGGAUGUAUUGCACUUGACCCCAGAUGAUAGUCAAUUUCAAGUUGUUGACACACAGAUCACGUUAGGUUGUGGGCAGCAGCAAACAGGUUCUUUUUUGGAGGGUGCAGCUCCAAAUGGCCUAUUCGGACUUGGUAUGAGUAAUAUAUCGGUUCCAAGCAUUUUAGCAGAGCAAGGGAUUGUUUCAAAUUCUUUCUCCAUGUGCUUUGGACCCGGGAUUGGGAGAAUCAGAUUUGGAGAUAAAGGAACCUCGGAUCAAGGAGAAACAUCUUUCAAUAUUCUUGGACGACGGCAUCCAACAUACAAUGUCAGCAUCACUCAAAUAAACAUGAAUGGAACUGUUACUGAUCUCGAUUUCAGUGCAAUUUUUGACUCCGGUACCUCAUUCACAUACCUGAAUGAUCCAGCUUAUACACAUAUAUCCGAGAGUUUUGAUUCUUUCAUAAAAGAAAAGCGGCAUUCUUCUGAUCCCGAUAUCCCUUUUGAAUACUGUUAUGACAUAAGUCCAAACCAAUCAACUAUAGACAUUCCCAAUUUAAAUCUGACAAUGAAAGGGGGGCAGCAGUUUUUUGUCACCGAUCCAUUAGUGUUUAUAUCUAAUCAGAAUCAAACAAUAUUUUGCCUAGGACUUGUCAGAAGUGGAGAUGUGAAUAUCAUUGGAGAAAACUUCAUGACUGGUUAUCGGAUAGUUUUUGAUCGCGAGAAGAUGGUAUUGGGUUGGAGGGCUUCUGACUGUUACGAUAUUCCAAACUCCAACACUCUACCGAUCAGCCCAACAGGCUCUACCGCAGUUUCCCCAGCCACAGCACUCGAUCCGCAAGCUACAGCGGGAGGGAGAAACAAUCCUCAGGUAUCAAGUAUACCAUCGAACGCUGGAAAUGGUCCACUGCAGUUGAACCCAUUUGCUUAUUUUUCCAUUAUUGUUUCGCCAUUUUUUGAUCAUUGUUUCUCCAUUUCUUUUUGCCAAUUGUUUUUCCUCCUUUCCAUGAGAGUAUUUUAUGUAUGAAUUGGCAUUCUUCUAGUUAAAGUUACAGGGUAUACCAGAAACAUUAUUAGCCAA